AUGUCGGAUUUGCUGGACCUGAACUUCCGCACUAUAGACGGGCGCAACUUCUCGCUGCAGCUGCCGGAGGAGCUCGAAGUGUCCUCCUUAAUAGAGUUGGUGGCGGAGGCGCUGCAGCAGCAGCAGCCAGCAGCAGCAGCAGCAGAAGCAGCAGCAGCACCUGCUGCUGCUGCUGCUGAAGCAGCAACUGCAGCAAACCUCAGACUCAUCUUCAGGGGACAGGCGCUGCAGCCGCAGCAGCAGCUGCAGCACUACCGAAUUCAGUCAGGCCAAACCAUCCACGUGGUGCAGCGGCCGGGGAGGCCGCAGCAGCAGGAGCAGCAGCAGCAGCAGCAGCAGCAGCAGCAGCAGCAGCAGCAGCAGCAGAGACAAUGGGCCCAGUUUCCUAUCCAUGGGGGAGGCGCCUUCGUCGUAGCGCCAGGCGCAUUCACCGCGACUGCGGGGGAGGGUCCUGGCCCUUCGCCGCAAGACCUCGUUGGGGGUUUUCAGCGGAUCUUUUCGACUGCGCUGAACACAAUGCAAGAAGCUGCUGCUGCAGCGCAGCGCCGCAUGCAGCAGCAGCAGCAGCCGCAGCAGCAGCAGCAGCAGCAGCCGCAGCAGCAGCAGCAGCAGCAGCAGCCGCAGCAGCAGCAGCAGACGAUUCAGCCCCCCAACGUGCCUCAGCAGCAGCCGCAGCCCAUCCAGAUUGCAGGCACGCGACAGGGAGUUAUGUACCCAAGCCUCCCAGCUGCCCUUACUGCUGCUGGAGAUUCUCUUCUUGCUGCUGCUGCUGCCUUUAAUCAACCUGCACAGCCAGCAGCAGCAGCAGCAGCACCAGCAGCAGCAGCAGCAGAAGCAGCAGCAGCAACAGCAGCAGCAGCAGCAGCAGCAAACGAGACGCUGCCCUGGAGCGCCCUCGACAGGCUGCACGAGGCCCUGGCAGAGGAAACAGGAUGGCGCCCGCGGCAAAGCCGUGCUGCAGCAGCAGCUGCAGCAGCUUCUGCAGCAACGGCGCAGCAGCAGCAGCAGCAGCAGCAGCAGCAGCUGCUGCUCUUUCUUUCUGAUUUUGCUGCUGCAGCCAACGUCUUGCUGGCUCUGCUGCAGCAGACACAGCAGUGGCAAGAAGGCAGUAGCGCGAUCACUUCGGGGGGUCUGGGCCGCACUGCAGCAGCAGCAGCUUGGCUUGCUGCUGCUGCUGCUGGUCUUGCCAGGCAUCUCUCGCUGCUGCUGCCGCAGCAGCAGCCGCAACAGCAGCAGCAGCAGCAGCAGAUACAGCAGCAGCCACAGCAGCAGCCGCUACCGCAGCAGCCCCAACAGCAGCAGCAACCGCAGCAGCAGCAGCAGCCGCAGCCACAGCAGCAGCCGCAGCCACAGCAGCAGCCGCAACAACAGCAACCACAGCAACAGCAACAGCAACGGCAAGAUCAUUUCACUAGCAGCAGCAGCAGCAGCAGCAGCAGCAGCAGCAGCAGCGACCAGUCUCGGGCUUGGCGCCAAGUGGAGGAAGCAGCAGCAGAAGCAAAGCCGCAGCAGCAGCAACAGUCUUCUGACGAGCAAGAGUACAGUAUUGUUGAGAGCAGCGAUGAGGAGACGGACCGGCAGCAGCAGCAGCAGCAGCAGCAGCAGCAGCAGCAGCAGCGGCAGCAGCACAACAUCGCGAGCAUGAUGCGGAGCUUUCUUUCCUCUGCGGUUGCACCGCAGCAGCAGCAGCAGCAGCAACAGCAGCAGCAGCAGCAGCAGCAGCAGCAGCAGCAGCUUGACGCAGCAGCUCUUGCAGAGCUGCCUGAAGAGGCGCGGCUGCUCUACACCAAGUGGACGCAGGACCUCCGAGAGUUCUCGAGAAACGUUCUGGCUUCAUCCGUACCGCGGCCCUUCAGCUGCGCCUACAGCUCGCAGCCCCAAAAUAAGCCUGAGGCUGCGAAGGCUUCUCUGUCUCUGCGGUGGCAUGCAGCACUGAAUGCCAUUGGAGGGCUGGAGGGGCAGCGGCCGCCGCCGCUGGAGCUCGAAGACUCUUAUUUGCUGCUGCUGCUGCGGGACUUGGCAGCAGCAGCAGCAACAAACCCAGACUUCCUGCAGCAGCAGCAGCGAUACCCCAGUCUUGCUGCUGCUGUCAGGCUGCCAACGGCAGCAACUGCAGCAACAGCUGCAGCAGCUGCAGCAGCAGCAGCUGCAGCAGCUGCAGCAUCAGCAGCUGCAGCAGCUGCAGCAGCAGCAGCUGCAGCAGCUGCAGCAGCAGCAGCUGCAGCAGCAGCAGCUGCAGCAGCAGCAGCUGCAGCAGCGGCUGCUGCAGCCGCUGCUGCAGCUAGGGUCUAA